AUGUCCGAAUCCGGCUCGCAAGGCAAGUGGACGGCCUCCUCCGUGAAGGAGAAGGACAUCAAGGAGCUUCGGGAGGUGAGAUCCUCUUCUAAUGAGGAUGCUGGUCCCAGCGCCCUAUCAAGCGCCGGAAAAAAGGUUCAGAAGGGGAACAAGGGAGCCAAAGAUGGCCCCCGCUGCAAAGGUACUUCGGAUGCGGUGUCCGGAGAAACCAAUACUCACUCCUCCGAGGAAGAUGAAGACGGAGAGGAGGACAAGGAAGAAAGCAAUCCUUCCCCAAAGGGGAAGAAGAAGAGGGCGGCCUCCGAAGACCGCGAGGCGGGGAUGUCCAAAAGGGGGAAAUUAUCUCUCCCAGAUGGCUCGGAUUCGGACGCCGAAGCCAUCCCCGAGUGGCGCCCCAGGCCGAAGCCCCUCGCUGAAUCUCCGGCCCGCGAUCUCCCCCAACAAUCAUCGGAGGGGAAUUCUUUAGAUCCGGGGAUGAUGGAGAGCGAGUCGCCUCCGCGAGCCUCCCCGCCAACCGCCAUGGAUGACACCAAAGUGUUGUCCCACAGGGCCUCUCCGGGCCACAGAGCGGUACAGGAGACCCUCAAAACGGUGCCAGAGGGUAAUGCCUUGGCUGCCGAGAACAUGGGGGGUGCAAUCCCCAUGAAGACCAAUGGCGGGGGCAUUGAUCAGUUCGGCCCCCAGCCGAACCUCAUUCCGGAAACCCAAACGGCUUCACUGUUAGCGGCGACCGCUCAGGCCGCCAAAGUAUCCGAACUUAAACAUAAGCUGGGGCUGGCCGAUGAGGAUCUAGUCCGCAUCAACAAGAGAUUGGAUGAGGCACAAGUUGAGGCCCUUCAGGGUGAACUGACCCAGGCCAAGGAGCAGGCAAGGGUGAACAAGGCGGCUACUAAUAAAGCAGCCGAGGACCUGAAGGCCGAACAGGCUAUCCGCUGCCAGUACGAGGAGCGGGUGACCCAAGUAAAGCAGGCGCUCAAGGAUGCCGCCGAUAAGUACAAGUCCCUAGAGGCAAAAAGUAAAGCCCAGGCGACCGACCUUGCCGAGGCCCUUAAAGAGGCCGAGGAGGCGCGGGCCGAAUCCCGAGCGGCGCGUGAAGAGAUUAAACAAGCCGAACAAAUAGCGGCUGAAGAUGCAAUAAGCAUCACAGCUAUUUUACAUGCCGAGAACAAGGGAAAGCUGUAUACAGGUCCUAAAUUUGAAAAGAUGAUCUAA